GAAGCCGCUCGCCACUGGCGAGGGGAACAGCGAGAGGCUUUCGGGCACCUACUGGACACCGAGCGAGCCACACACCGAGCCACCCACCCGCUUACCUGCCCCUGACUGACCGACCUGCCACCCCCCCACCCGACUGACCGCCGCCACGGGAGCGAUGAAGGCCGCCCGCAUCGCCCUGCGCGCCGCCACCCCCCUGGCCGGAGCCAGCGGGGCCAGCAGCCGCCGCGGCCAGUUGCCGCUGGAAGUGGAGCAGUUCUCCCGUUUCUCCCCCUCCCCGCUCUCCAUCAAGCAGCUGCUGGACUUCGGCUCAACUAAUGGAUGUGAGAGAACUUCCUUUGCGUUUUUGCGCCAGGAACUUCCUGUGAGGUUUGCAAACAUACUGAAAGAAAUUGAUCUUCUUCCUGAUAAAUUGCUAGGAACCCCAUCAGUGCAAUUAGUAAAAAGCUGGUACAUCCAAAGCCUAAUGGAGCUUGUUGAAUUCCACCAGAAAAGCCCAGACGACCAAAAAGUCUUAUCUGACUUUAUAGAUACAUUAAUCAGAGUCCGAAACAGACAUCAUGAUGUGGUUCCUACAAUGGCACAAGGAGUAAUUGAAUACAAAGACACGUUUAAAGUAGAUCCUGUCACCAAUCAAAACAUUCAGUAUUUUUUGGAUCGUUUUUACAUGAGCCGCAUUUCUACCCGGAUGCUAAUGAACCAACACACCCUUCUUUUUGAUGAUAAAUCUGGCUCAGGGCACCCGAGGCACAUUGGAAGUAUUGAUCCUUGCUGUGAUGUUGUUGAAGUAGUGAAUGAUGCUUUUGACAGUUCCAAGAUGUUGUGUGACCAGUAUUACUUAACAUCUCCAGAACUGAAACUUACUCAAGUGAAUGGAAAGUUUCCAGGAGAGCCAAUUAACAUCGUGUAUGUUCCGUCUCAUCUCUUUCACAUGCUUUUUGAGCUCUUUAAGAAUUCAAUGAGGGCAACCGUUGAAUUCCAAGAAAACAGUCCUUCCCUUUCUCCAAUUGAAGUGACAGUCGUUCUGGGACAAGAAGACCUGGCAAUUAAGAUCUCAGACAGAGGAGGUGGCGUUCCAGUAAGGAGAAUUGAGCAGCUGUUUAGCUACAUGUAUUCCACAGCACCAAGGCCGAGGAUGGAUGAUGGUCGAAAUACCCCUCUUGCUGGCUUUGGGUAUGGCUUGCCAAUUUCUCGUCUGUAUGCUAAAUACUUUCAAGGAGAUCUAAAUCUCUACUCCAUUUGUGGUUAUGGAACAGAUGCUAUUAUCUACCUGAAGGCCCUAUCAACAGAUUCAGUAGAAAAACUCCCAGUUUUUAACAAAUCAGCUUCCAAACAUUACCAGGCUACCUCAGAGGCGGAUGACUGGUGUGUCCCAAGUAAAGGCCCAAAGAAUCUCUCAAAGCAGAGUGCAGCUAUGUGAAGAGAAGUUGGUAUCCAGGCACCCAAGGGGAUCAAGCUGGCUUCUCAAAAAAGACUAGUGUUUGGAAGUAUUCCUCUACCUCCAAACAAGCAAAUUCUUCAGUUUCAGGACUGGCAGAAGAGAAAGAAGAUAAGGAUGUUAUAGCUUAGGCUGUAUGCACGGAAUGUGAAAUCUUGCUGUGGACUUCAGGAUGAGGAAAAUAAGAGCGUGUAGGUCUUUAAAGAAGAGAUGCGUACAGAGGAAAAUCAGGCUAUUUUUUUUUGUCAUGAUCAAAGACUUGAUGUGGUAGAGGUGUGCAAUUUUUGAGUCCUGUUUAAUGCUUGAAUUCUGAAUACUGAUAAAUGUCAGUUAUGUCAGUGUAUAUUUUUCUCCUAGAAUAGUUAUCAGCUCUUCAUCUUAUUACAGAACUCCUCAGGUAGAUAAUAUCUGUACUUUAAAGCUGUAUUUAUAAUAUUUGGAAAAGAUCCACUUAACAUGGCAGUCUUGUAGCAAGAUCCAAACAGCAUUCAAAUACAGCCUGACUAGAAGGGAGGGAGCCCUGGGAGGUAGGGAGAAAGUUGUUGUGGUGGUUUUUUUCCUUAUGUAAGGAAGCCCCAUUUAAAAAAAAAAAGUAUUCUAGUAAUAAUUCUUAUGUGAUGCCUUGCUCUCAGUUACAUUGCUAGGGUUUUUUAAGCUGUUCAUGGAAAAAACUAGCUAAGUAAGGCUCCUAUGCAUAAGGUAACUAAGAAGGAAAUCGGGAUAUUUUAGGAAAGUACUGGAAAGAAAUGGAAAGCUACUUGGUUAUAGCAGCUGUAAGGUUAGGCUACAUCUAGCCUACGUCCCUGCACUCCAGAAAACAUAUGCCAAGUCAGUCAGUUAGGACUUUCCAAGAACUGAAGUCAGACAUGCAAGUUGAAUGGAAAGGUUUUGGUGAUAUGUAUUGUGUAAGCGACGUGGGGAACAACAGCAUGUUUAAAACAUGGUCUUGUGGUUCCUUUUUGUCGUGCUGUUAGAAGAUGAGUGGCUCAAUACACUAAACCAAAAUCUGCCUGUCAUCUUUGUCAAAUUUGUGUUGGACCACACUAGCUCAAAGAGAUACCUGGGGAUUUGGCUCCUCGAAAGCUGUGAUGAGCACUGAAGGUCUGUUUGAAAGGUUUUCAGGAAGUGGUGCUGGAAUUAGAAUUUUAUUCGAAGAACUGUUUAUUGCAACAGAAAGGGCUUAGGAAAUGAGAAGUUUCAAAAUAUGAACAGCACGGAAUAACUUUUAUGAACAGCAAAAUAAUGGGGAAUUGUCACAGGAACAGUGCCAGUGGGAGAGAGCUGUUGGGAAAACAUUCCAUUCCCAAUAAGCUUCUUACUUUCCCAUCUUCUUUGUGCGUUUUCCCCCUUGUAAGCAAGGUAAACUUAAUGUCAAAAUAGAAGCUAAACUAUUGGACAUUGCCAAACUGACCAGUCAAAGUUCAUCAGGGCUGUAUAAUAUUACUUGAAUUUCUUAGUAAUUAGCAUAUUACCUUAAGCGUAUAUGAUCCAUUGCAAGUACAGUAUUUAAAGCAUCCUGCUCAGUCGUAUGAGGUUUUUUAAAAUAGACUUGUAUUUGUUGGAUGGAAAGCCACUCCAUACUCUACUGUGAAUAUCAAAUAUUUCUUAAAAGGAAAGAGAAAGCUGGAACCACCUUUGUUUUCUAGAAGUCAUGUUGGGAUAGAUUUCUCAAUAAAUAGUAUUCUGACACUUCGUUUCUUUUAAAAACUAAACUUGGAAGUGUUGGUCAUAACUACUGGGCAUAAUGGCUUCAGUACUGCAUCAAGGCUGUUUUUAUCCCAGUGAAUAAGCUGCAGUUACCAAAGGUCACCAGAUGAUGCAUCUGAGCUCAGCUCAGUGAAUUAAAUGGAUAAAAAAAGUGAAAUAUCUCUGUUUAGAAAAUGCAGAUGUGAAAAAGCUGCAUUCACUGCCAUAACAUACUUGAAUAUUUGUUAGUUUUUGUUUUGGUAUUGAAUAGAAGGUCAGAAAAACAUACCUAGGUAGUCAUUGUUGUCAAGAAAACACAAAUUAUACCUGUCUGUCUGCAGCCGGUAAUGCUUGAACAUGAGUUGUGUUCUCAUGGCGUACUGUACAUCUCUAACAGCUGCAGCUACUCCAGGUAGGAGCUGUAACUUCUGACUCAAAGCAGCUGAAGCAAAUGGGUGCUGUAAAACACAUCUGCGAUGUUGCUUGUGGAGAGAAGCUGUAGAGCAUGCUCACGCUGCAGACAGAGGUGUGUAUAGCACUUAGGGAACCCAUGUGGAAUCUCUGUAGUAUUAAAAAAAUUACUUAAGGGCUGUCUACCUAGAUAAUACAGUACCUUUUUCAGCAUUUACUGAAUUUUUACUCCUAAAAGUUGAACUGUAGUUUUAAGCCUUUUACUUGGAUGUAGAUGUUGAUAUAAUUUUAUAAUAAAAUCUUUUAAAUGGUCA